GAACUUGUGGGGUGAAUAGGGCAAAACCAAUUUUCAAAAAAAAAGGAGGUUAGUUUUGUGUUUGACUUUAAGUUGUAGGUCAAUUUUGCAAAAACCCCUCCAUUAGAGAUCCUAAUGAUUAAAUUAAGAAUAUAUAAUGUGAUUUGACAAGUUUAAAACUUUAGUCAGUGGAAAUAAUUUUUUCCUCUUUCAUUCAUUGGGAGAACUCCUAUGGGAUUCUUAAAUAUGUUUUUAAGUAGAAUUAUUUAUUUAAAAUAAAAGCAUAUAUAAAAAUUUGAAAGGAAAUUACAUAAAAGAAUAUUAAAAUUUACAAAUACUUCGGUUUGAUUCCGGUUGUACGAAAACUGAUACAUCAAACUGAGUGUACCCAUCUCGCUCGUUUUCUACGAUCGAAAUUAUUAGAAGAAGAAAAUGAGAUACAAUUAUUCAGGCUAGACAAAUAACAGCACAUCUCCGAUCUCAUAAUAACAACUAGAUCAACAAUAGUUUCAUAUCUUCAUAUCUCCCCAACCACAUAGUACACUGUUAUAUAGUCUGUCUCCAACCUUUUUAGCUGUCCUUAGCUUCCUAAUCCUAAUCCCACCUACUGUCAUUUGCUAUUAUACUCUAAACAUCCACAAUGAAUCUAAACAAAAGCUUCAGAGUACUAUCUUUACCUUCCUCGAACCCGGGUGUAUCAGUAUCAGGAGGAAAAACAAGAGCAACAUGAAAAUCAUCAGCAACAACUUCUUGCUGCAGUGACUGCGCUAAACCUUGAAGCCCAAACUUACUCGCUGAAUAAGCAGCAUAACCAUAAACACCCCCUACACAAUAACAAAGCAAACACCUUUCAAUUAUACAACUUAAAAUAAAAAUCUAAUCUUUUUAAAUCGCGAGAGACAAACCUGACCAGCCUGAGAUGAACUAAAGAGAUCGAACCAGGCCCACGACCUUUCCUCGCCUUCAUCCCCGGCAACGCAGCCUUAAUCACAUUAAAGCUCCCAACGAGAUUAACCUCAAUCGUGAACUUAACAUCCUCCAAGCUAUGCUUCUCAAGCUCCCUCGCCGUAAAGACACCUUGAUUGACGAUCAACACAUCGAUCGGACCCGAUUCUCUUCUAAACAGUAUCACGGCGAAGACCGAUUGGCGAAUAGCCAGCGGUGAAGAGCGAUUGGCGAAUAGCCAGCGGCGAUGCGCGGUGGGGAGGAGACAUCGAAGAAGAGAGAAACGGUUGGAAUACGAAAGAGAAGAGAAGAGAAGAGGUCACCUUUUCUCAAGCCAAUAUGCAUCUGCCACGUAUGGGGUUUUUACUGAUUCUUCUGUCUCUUAUUUCAUUUUUCAUUUAUUUUUCCCCCUUUUUUCGUUUAGAACCCCUCGGUACAACUACUGAUGGACCUGCUCUAAGGUUCCUAAACUAUAGGAUAACUUAGUCUCCCUUAUUAACAACUAAAGGCAUGGUUCAAACGCAGCAUUGCGUGAGUUUGCGGAUACGGGUAGUUACGGUUUAUAGCAGUUUAAAGAGAUUUGUAUGAUUGGUUCUACGGUUAGAAAAUUGGUGCGUUUGCGGGAUACUUACGGUUGGUCAACUAUCAAAUGCAGCAGCAGUUAAAUAAUAUAUUAACAAUAUUUAUAUUUUAUAUAAUUAUAAAAUAUCAAAAAUCAUAAUAUCAUAAUAAAUAUAAAAAUUAUAUUUAAAAAGUUAUAGUUUAAAUUUUUUUUAAAAAUUUAAAAUUACAGAAAAUAUUUUAGUAUAUUUAUAAUUCCAAUUUAAAAUUUUAUUUUUAUUUUUAUUUUUGUAUUUAUAUUAUUAUUUUUUUAAAAAGAAAAAAUAAAUUAUCCUCCCGCAACCGUAAACGCUAGAUAAAACCAGCUUUUGAAUUUAUGAGAUUUAGAACGGUUUGAAGCGAUUUAGAACGGUUUGAGUGAUUAUUGCAAAACGCCAACAACCGCUACCAACCACAAAAGCUGCGUUUGCCCAUCCGGACCCGGAGCUUGCAACACCUCUGAUCCUAGGAAGUCCCAAGAAGCUUUAUAGAAGGCGGAAGUUAACCCAUCCGGACCCGAAGCCUUAUUGGUUUGAGCUUGAGUAGUGUCUUUGUGAUCUCUUCGGGAGAUGGAGUGGAGACCAUUUGAGCAGCCUGGGAUUCCGAGCAAAGGAACGAUGACAGCGAGUGAAACUAAAUGGGGGGUGAUGUUUCAGUGAAGGGCAGUACUCGGGGACCCAAGAUGCGUUGAAAGUGACCAACAUCAUGACUACUCAUUUCCAGGGGAUCAACUAUCAGAACACCAGAGGCCAGUGAAAAUGAACGUAUCGUGUUGAAGUUGAGAUGUGUAUGUACGAUUCUGAAGAAGUAAGUAGUGUUUUGGUCACCCUCUUUUAGCCAAUUAAUCCGAGACCGCUGCCUAAAAUACAUCUCCUCUAUUUUACGUAGGAAGAUCCACUUCUAGAGGGCUAAUUUAUCUUGCUCAAAGAGCUCCGAAGUUGGUGUAGUUAGUACUUGUCCCUGCACAAGUUGCAAUAAACAGUUAGCCUCCCCAACUCUUUUCUGAAUAUCUGAGAAAUUGUCUUUAUUUAGUGAGUUUAAAACACUCUUUAUUUGUUUUUGUUUCCAAAACAGACUAGUGAGGUUCGAGACAAUGCUUCCGGCGCAAGACCAAGUUUCAGAGACCACACAGUGAAACUCAGGGUGAAGGGUUAGGUAGUUGAAGAACUUAAAUGGUCUGGUUCCAGAGGAGGGGAUUGUAAAGGAGAGGUCAGUGAUGCAUGGGGAGUGGUCUGAGAAAAAGGUUGGGAGGAAGAAGGAGGUGCAGUUUGGGAACAGGUUCAGGACAUGGUUGUUAAUCAGUAGGCAGUCCAAUUUCUUGGCUAUAGGAUCAUCAGGCUGGCGAUUUGACCAAGUAAAGAGAGGACCUUGGAAUCUCAUGUCAAAUAACUCCAUUUGAAGAAGGCAAUCCUUCAGCUCAACCAUCCUAGCAGUGAAGCUAUUGACAGAGGCAAUGGAGUGCUCAUCAUAGUGAAUGAUUUGGUUCAAGUCACCUCCUAACAUCCAUGGGACAGUUGAGAGUGCAUAGGUGUGAUGGAGGUUUAAUAGUUCAACCCAAAGGUCGGCCCUCUCUGUACUUUCAUUCGAUGCAUAAAUAGCAGUGUAGACAAAGAGGCUGGAGCUUGGAAUUUUGACUUCACAAGUAAGGGUUUGGCGAGACUGACAUAAAAUAUUUACAGAAACAGAGUCCUUCCAGAUCACCACAAUGCGACCAUCUUCAUCAGACAAGUGGUUGGAGGUAUAGUUCCAUCCUCUACAGACUUUAUUCAUUAGGUAGUUUAGGUUAUGAUCUUUGAUAUGGGUUUCCAAAAUAGAAUCAAAAAUUGGCUGCUGACAAGCUAACCAUUGAAAAAUAGGUAUGUGCUUGUCCGGGUCAUUUAGGCCACAAACAUUCCAAAAAAGAGUUUUCCACUCAUUGGGAAAUGUUUUCGUCCUCUUCAGGUUGAAGAAGACAUAUGGGAUCUAAUGGAGAAAAAGGGUUAAAAGUGGAUAAAGAGGAGGGGGAAUGAGGUUCAGAGUAGGACACAUGUUUAGGGCCAAAAUAGGUAAAAAAAGAGAGCUGGGCAGUGAAAGAGGAGAAAGCCUCAAGGCUGGGGUUGGAACGAGAACGCUUCAGGGAUGGUUUAGGGUCAGAGCUUGGGGAUGAGACAAAAGGGGGGUUUGAAUUUACUGGUGACUUAAGUUUUGGCGGGACAAUGAGUGGGUUAGUGGCUUUUUGAAGGUUGAAGAAUGUUUAAAGGUUUAAAGGGAUGAACCAAAUUUAAAGGGAUUCACAUGAAGCUUUACAGAAGGCGCAGGGAGGUUUAAGGAAAGGGGUGGAGCAGAGAGAGGCAGGACGCUGAGAGGGCAUGGGGGUCAACAUGAUCAACUGGAACAUCACCAGAACGCUCCACCUCCAUACUGUCAGAGCAAGAAGCAGUUUCUUUGUUUAACUCCCUACUGGAAGAAGCUACUUCCUUGGUGGAAGGAGCAGUAUUUCUAGACUUUUUAGGAGUUUUGCUAGCAUGUUUAGUAGAAGUUUUGCUAGCUUGUUUGGUAGGAGGAGGGAGUUGGAGACAGUUUUUCGCUAUGUGGCCUAACUCUUUGCAGUGAGAACAGGUAGGGGGUAACCAGGGAUAAGAUACCAUGACUUCAACAACUUUUUCCACUUUGACGUUGGAACUCAACAACAGAAGGCAGAGGUUUUGUCAGAUCAACCGCCACUUUGACGUGUGAAAGGGUUAAGCUGACGAGGUUCUUUGUGAAUUCGUCCGUCUCCUUGAGAUCACCAACAAGUCCUGCGACCAAACUCAAUCCUUCCUCAUGGCAAAUAUCGAGAGGAACUCCUGUUAAGUGGGCCCAAAUUUGAAUUGACUUGAGAGGAGGAGAGGUGAAGGAUGCUUUCGAAGACCAUUGUACAGCAUGAAACAUAGAGUCUCCUAUGUACCAAACAGUCUUCUUAAGUAUUUUCUGUUUCAAGUAAGCAGAGGGGAUGCACACCAGCAUAGAGUAAGAGAGUGGAUUGGUAUGUAUUUCUACCCUCUUUCCUUUGCCCCACAUGUGAUUGAGAACGCUCUGAAUCUGAUUGAAUGGGGGAGGUUUUCCAUUAAAAGUAGUAUAUGAUGAAAUCUUUAUGCAGUUCCUCUCCCUUCUGGAAGACACUAUCAGGAAUCAAGACACGAGGUCUGCCAGAUUCUGCGAUGGUUAGAAGAGCCGACGAAGAGUUUUGUCUUCAGAUCGAUGGAUUUUUUCGACCAGGGACGAAACAGGAGGGUUAACAGGUUGGGGAGGGUUUGAGGUGGGGAUAACAGGAGGGUUUGCAGGGGUUGAGGUUUUGAGGGUUUAGGAGGCACAGCAGGAACGGGAGUUGGGAGGAUAGGGUUAAGGUCCACACUAGGAGGAGGCAAAGUAAUAGGGACAUGACCAAAACUGAAUGAUGCUCUGUUAUUUUGAAUGGGAGAGAAGAGCUUCAGAGGAAUAACUUUAAAGUUAUCAAGGUUGGAUUUACCAGACUUCUCAGAGCUAACUGUAAGAGGCAGUGUUGCAAGAGGAGCGGUCAACGGUGCAGCUGGACUGGGUUGACUAACUGCAAUAGGAGAAGAGGAAGAAGAGGACAAAGAAGAAGUCGAUGCUACGGCCUUGGAUAACUUGGUAGUUUGUAGUUCUCGACGGUGAGAGGAGGGGAGUUGACAAGAGGAGGGAAGUUGGGGUCAGGAGGGUCGGGAUGGAUAGGGGGAUGAGGGUUUGACUUUUACUGGCGGUGAGAAGCGGAGGUCUUGUGGUAGAAGCAUCGUUGCUAGGGAACUAGGGAUUCGCCAUUUGGAACCGGAACUAAGAGGAUAAGAUUUACUUUUUUAAUUUGAGCAAAUCCAAAAAGUCAAAUGAAUCUGGUCUUAAACAGAAGUACUAGCAGUUGUUUCAGUGAUAUCCUCCAGCUUCAGUUAAAAGAUAAACUUACUUACUCUGUCUAUAUACAAGUUUGUUGCUACCCUUGGUGUCAAUUUUUGUCUCCCAUUCUGACUUUGUCGCAAACAAUCUGAAUUACAAAGGUGAUUUGCGGAGGCAAUGCUUGUAUUGGAGUUAAAUCUAAUGCUAAGCCCAUGAUGUUAUAUACUGGUCAACAUGAGUUCAAUGUAAGUUUAUAAAUGGAUCUGGUCAACAUGAGUCCAAAGGUAGAAAGAAAGUAGCUUAUAUAUAUGUUUUUGGAUUAUCUCAAAUAUCCUUUUUUCUAAAAAGGAAAGACUCGUAAAAAAGGAAAAAGUGAUUUUCUUAAUAGUAUCAGAUAUUACCGUUGUUAAAAAUAUAUUAGAUAUUACCGGUCAAAACGAGUAUAAAUAUAUAUCCAAAGAGCACUCGUACUAUCUCAUACAACAACAAAAAAAUAAUCCCACGCUGCUUUUCGAGUUCUAACAAGACGCUGGGGUGUUUCGCAAGAAAAAUAAUAUGUCGAGCCUCCCGUCGAAGAAAAGUCUUGACGAUCUCUACACUCGAUUUGUUGUGAACGGCCCCGAGGAAGAAAAACAGUCUAUGAAUCGACUAAUGUUUCUUGUAGAGAGUGCUCACUGGUACUACGAAGAUAACGUUGUCGAAAACGACAAAACCCUAAAGUCGCUGUCCUUUGGAGAGUUUACUCGUCUCUUAUUCAACAACUCCGAUGUGUUGAGACCUCACGUUGCAAACAUGGAUAAGAUAUUCAGAGACUUUGGUUAUUACAAGUCUCGAAUCCCGGUCGCUGGUGCGAUUAUAUUGGACGAGACAUGCGAGCGUUGCUUGCUGGUCAAGGGAUGGAAAAAAUCAUCGAACUGGAGCUUUCCACGAGGGAAGAAGAAUACGAACGAAGAAGAUGAUGUUUGUGCUAUACGAGAGGUCCUCGAGGAGACAGGGUUUGAUGUCUCGAAGCUGCUUAAGAAAGAAGAAUACAUCGAGAUUACAUUCCAAGGAAAGAAGAGAGUGAGGCUUUACGUUGUGGUCGGUGUGAGAGAUGAUACAGCUUUUGCACCGCUAACGAAGAAGGAGAUUAGUCAAAUCUCAUGGUUUCGGCUUGAUGGGCUUGAAAGUGGAUUCGCUGGUCUCAAGUUGUUUGAGGUUGCACCUUUUCUAGCAUCCUUGAAGUCGUGGAUAUCAAAGCACAUGUCUCCUCUGAGCAUUGACAAGCACCUUAAACCACCACUCUGCGUGUGGACUACAACAAGGAAGACAAGGACAAAAAUAACAGUAACAUCAACGGAAAGAAGAUGCAAUGUAAAACCUUGGAAACAGUCUCUAAAGGUCAACAAGUCAGCAAUCUUGCAGGCCUUGGGAAUUUGUUCUUGAGUAGAGUCAGUCAAAGGGUGUGGUCGGAUUGUAGAGCAAAAUAGUACAUGAUAUCUACUUUUCCUAUUUGGUUUGUUGUACAUGAUUAUAUUGUAUAUCCAGUAGUAAAUGAAACCAAGCUUUAUUCUUUAUUUUUAAAGACGUUUUUCUUAUUAAUUUCAGAGCAAGUAACAGAAAUAUACAUACAAACUAUAAUAUAGAUGCUUCUAUGGAGAAUAAAACUUAGUUAUGUACAAUCAAAGACCUUUUAUCUUCAUUGCGUGGAGCAAAGCUAGCUUAAAAGAGAAACGAACUUACUGUGUCUAUACAAGUUUGUUGUUGCUACCUUUUAGUGUAUAACUUUUUCGCAGACAAUCUGAAUUACAAAGGCGAUCCGCAGAGGCAAAUAUGACGGGUUAAUGUACAUUGUACAUAUUUCAUGCUCAGAAUAGGAUAUGAUGCAAUGCUUGUUUUGGAGUUAAUUCUAAUGCGGUUUUGAAGUAUACUCUUGAUGCUAAGCCCAUGAUGCUAUAUACUAAAAACGGUGAAGGUGGGAUACGUUGGUGAAGGUACUAGAAUUUGUUUUAGAAAACUAAAAAUCUGGCAGAUUCAGGUUUCGAACCUAUGACCCUUGCGUUUAUUAGCACGACGCACUAACAAUCUGAGCUAAUAUUCAGGUUUCGAACCUAUGAACCUAUGAUUAAAAGAAACUCUCCAAGGGAAGGAACUACUCUAGUGAUAAGUCCCACAAAGGUAGUAUCAUCAAACUUAACUCAAACAGAACAUCUAAAACCUUCUUUGUGAGAAAGAUGUUAACUGUCUUCUUCAAUGAUCUCACAGAUAAGAAAGACAGAGAUUCAAAGAAGGAAAGAAGCAAAAAGAGAAGGUGCUUAACCGAUAACCUUAAAACAGAUGGUGCCAUGUCUUUUAUAGCUUUUAUUAACAUUAACCAUGUUGAGUUUGCAGCAUUAUUCAUCCUCAGAGUCUUCAUCUAGCAGCGAUGAAGAAGAAUCUAGAAAGUCAAGAUCGAGUUCUAAAAGAUCAAAGAAAGAGAAGAAGCACAAGUCCAGCAGAGACAAACACUCUAGCAAAAACUAAAGAGGAAACCGAUGGCCCUGUACCACUCUCUAGAUUCUUUGGCAAUCCAAAGAGUUGAACAAACAUGCAAAAAAAAACCACUGCAAGAGUUAUUGAAUAUCUUCCUCAAUCAAAAUACUCAAAUUAGGAUAUUGUUUGUUUUCUUCGUUGUUGCAAUGUAUUAUUAUUAUUUGUUGGAUUGAAAGUUAAUAAUAAUUCCCACAUAAUCAUUAUUUUUUCUUUCUUUAGUUUAUUUAGGUAAAUAUUAUAUAAUCUUACAAUACCAAAUAUGGUUUAUUUAGGAUAUCUAGAACAAUAUCUUAACACAUAAGGUAUAUAAUUUACUAUACAAUGAACUUAAAUUUAGUUUGCAAGUCUAUUUUUUGGUCAAAGUUUGCAAGUCUAUCAGAUGCAAAAUUUGGAAGGUUAAUAUACCCUUCUUUUUAGAGAAUAAAAUAUUAUAUUAUUUCCUUUAAAAUAUUUUUUUUUCCUUUUCCUAUAGACUUGCAUUUCUUUUGGUAAUUAUAUGAUUCUUAUUACAGCUGCUACCAAAAUAAACUACAACAAAUUUCUGUGACUCAAAUGGUUACAUCUUUUCAUAUAUCCUGAAAAUACAUUGUUAAUUAAUAGCAAAAAAGGCAGUCCAGUAAUCCAACGAUGAUCAUUCCACUGCAUCACCACUUCACCAGUAAGACUUUUUAGUUUUUACUCAAUCUAUCAAAAGAUAUCAUUGUCUUUUUACUUAUGAUGAUUUAAAAAUCAAUCACUUCUCCUUGAUAUAUUGAUUAUAUAAUGUUCAUAAUUAAGGUUUUUAAUAUGCUUACACUGUUACACAUUCAAAAAUUAUUAGUGGUGAUUGAGUACUAGCUAGUGGUCUAAGGGAAAUGACAAAAAUGCAACAUGUUACUAAUAUAUCAAUAUCACAUAUGCAUGUGAAUCACGAUGCAUGUUUGACUAUUUUACCACUUUUACAAUAUUAUCAGUGAAUGCUAAUUAAAUUAGUAAGAAUUAUUAUUUUUAUCUCGGCCUAAGCCCAAAACAAUGCGUCUAACAAAGCACCGAGUAUACAAAUUACGGUCUUUUAUAACUGAGUCUAAACACUAAAUACGAAAUUGAUAUUGGGAGAAAUUAGCGUUAGAUUUAUACUUUUAACCCGUUACUUCUAUAUGAUCUAGCUUUUGACCCAAUAAGUUCUAAAAAUUACAAUACAAUCCUCAAGUACGGAGAAUGUUAACGAUGGUUGAAUUGAGUUACACUUUUCUUUUGUGACUGAACGUUAACAAGAGAUGAGCAAAGUAAUUAUUGGCAAUAAAAAUAAGGGACAUUUGCUUCUAAGGGGGAGACUGGUUUUCUCGUUACCACCCGCAAACGCAGCUUUUACGAUUGGUAGCGGUUGUCGGCGGUUUGCAACAAUCACUCAAAUCGCUCUAAACCGCUUCAAACCGCUCUGAAUCUCAUAAAUUCAAAAGCUGGCUCCAACUAGCGUUUGCGGUUGCGGGCGGUCGCGGGAAG